AUGAUUUCCCAUGGUCAGCUCUUUUCCGGUCUGCUCUUUGCUUUUUCUCUCGUCACUCGUUCCCAAGCUGCAACACCUACAGCAGCACAAUGGGCUGCCUUGAACCAAACAGUUAGUGGGCGAUUGUUCGCCGGUGUCCCUCUAGCGCAGUCAUGCUACAGCUCGUACAAUGGUACUGCAACAACACCUGAUGCCGCGGCGUGCAGUGCGGUACAGUCGAAUUACACAGCAAAUGCCUAUAUUUCAGACCACUACGGCGGGUUCAUGAAUACUAACUGGGGCACAUGUCAAAGGACAGGCGAAGGAUGUCCCCUCGAUUGGAACUCGCCGUCUGAUCCUACGGUUUACGCUCCUGGACAGACGUGCUACCAAGGAAGCGUGUCGCCUUUCUAUAUCGAAGUCCAGGAGGUCUCGGAUAUCCAAGCCGGGCUCACGUUUGCCAACGAAACCGGUGUGCCUUUGAGUGUCAAGAACACUGGACAUGAUUAUACGGGCCGAAGUUCCGCACCUGGUUCCCUUGCAUUGUGGACCCAUAACGUGCAGCCCGAGAUGACUUACACUCAGGGCUUCAUUCCUGAUGGGUGCAGUGGGCCGGUUGGUGACGGGGUGACCAUGGGUGCUGGACAGCAGCGGUGCCUCUGGAUCUGUGGGCCAGCUGGGGGUUGGAUUACGGGUGGUGGACACAGUGCUGUGACGAAUGUGUUUGGAUUGGGAGUUGACAAUGUCCUGCAAAUCCGGACAGUUCUGCCCAACGGAACCUAUGUCACUGCGAACGAGUGCCAGAAUCAGGAUCUGUGGUUUGCGCUCAGAGGGGGUGGUGGAAGUACGUUCGGUGUCAACUUUGAGAUGACAACACGUGCGCAUCCCAAGAUAACACUUCAGAUUGCGUAUAUCAGCUACUACUCUCCCGACCCAAACUCCAGCGCAGAUCUCUUGUCCCUAAUGAUUCAAAGCGCUACCCAAUGGGCUGCAGAAGGCUGGGGCGGCUACCUCUCACCCGGCGCAUAUUCCAAACAAUACCACAGUCUCAUCCUCAUGACACCCCUCCUCACCAACGCCCAAGCCGUCGCCGCCAUGACGCCGCUCUUCGACUUAGCUUACACGAGCGGGAAUACCGUCUACAGCUACGGUAUCGACGAAGUCGAAGGCUACAACGAAAUGUACAAAGUAUACCUAGAGCCCGGCGGCGAGAAGCUAGGUCUGGGAACCGCGCUGGGCAGCCGUCUGAUUCCCGAAUCGCAGUUCGCAACGCCAGCGAACCAAACCGCACUGCUGGACGCGUUGCUGGAGGUGCAGAAUAUGGUUACGUAUCCCACGCGCAGCAACGAUACCCUGCUAUUAUCAUACGGCGUGCCAUUCCAGAUCCUCGUCACAACACCGAGCAACUACCCGACGACGGCUGCCAACGACACCUCGGCCGUGCAUCCAGCGUGGCGCGAGGCCGUCUGGCACAUGGUGUUGAACGUGCCGUUCUCCAACAGCGCGAGCGCGGCCGACAUCAAGACGGCGUUCCAGAUCGCGACGGACACGACGGACGUACUGCGGGCCCUGAUUCCGGACGGCGGCGCGUACUUGAACGAGGCGGAUACGUUUGAGAAGGAUCCGGUGGGUACGUUUUGGGGCGAGGCGAAGUAUGAGAGGCUGCUCAGUAUUAAGAAGGAGCUUGAUCCGGGGAAUCUGCUGACGUGCUUUGGGUGUAUUGGGUGGGAGGCGACGGAUGAGAGGUAUGGGUGUUAUCCUGAUAUGUGA